UUCCCCGGCCUGGGGGGCUCGGCAGCGGCUGCGCGGGUACGCGGUGCCCAGCCCGGUGCCUGCCUCCAAGGCGCGCCGGGCUCCCAGGGCACCACCACCACCAUGUGCUCGUUAGCGUCGGGCGCUACUGGCGGCCGGGGCGCUGUGGAGGACGAGGAGGACCUGCCUGAGCUGUCGGACAGCGGCGACGAGGCUUCCUGGGAGGAUGAGGACGAUGCUGCGCUUCCCCACGACAAGCAGCAGACCCCCUGCCUGUUCUGUGACAGGUUGUUCACAUCUGCUGAAGAAACGUUUUCACACUGUAAGUCUGAGCACCAAUUUAAUAUCGAUAACAUGGUCCAUAAGCAUGGGCUUGAAUUUUAUGGCUACAUUAAGCUAAUAAAUUUUAUUAGACUUAAGAAUCCUACAGUUGAGUAUAUGAAUUCCAUAUACAACCCAGUGCCUUGGGAGAAAGAAGAAUAUUUGAAGCCGGUAUUAGAAGAUGAUCUUUUACUUCAGUUUGAUGUAGAAGACCUUUAUGAACCGGCGUCGCUCCCAUUCUCAUACCCCAAUGGACUCAGUGAAAAUGCAUCUGUUAUUGAAAAAUUGAAACACAUGGAAGCCAGGGCACUGUCUGCUGAAGCUGCAUUAGGUAGAGCGCGGGAAGAUCUACAAAAAAUGAAACAAUUGGCUCAGGAUUUUGUGAUGAACGCAGAUGUCAGAACGUGCUCAUCAUCUACCGUUGCCAUUGCGGACCUCCAGGAAGAUGAGGAUGGUGUUUAUUUCAGCUCAUAUGGGCAUUAUGGGAUACAUGAAGAAAUGCUAAAGGACAAAGUACGAACAGAAAGUUACCGAGAUUUUAUAUACCAAAAUCCACAUAUCUUCAAAGACAAGGUUGUUUUGGAUGUUGGCUGUGGAACUGGAAUUCUCUCUAUGUUUGCUGCCAGAUCUGGUGCAAAGAAGGUUCUUGGAGUUGAUCAGUCUGAAAUACUUUACCAGGCAAUGGAUAUCAUAAGACUAAAUAAACUUGAAGAUACUAUUAUACUAAUUAAAGGAAAGAUUGAAGAAGUUCGUCUUCCUGUAGAAAAAGUGGAUGUUAUUAUAUCUGAGUGGAUGGGCUAUUUUCUUCUUUUUGAGUCUAUGUUAGAUUCUGUCCUUUACGCAAAGAACAAAUACUUGGCAAAAGGAGGAUCGGUCUAUCCUGACAUUUGCACCGUGAGUCUUGUGGCAGUGAGCGAUGUGAACAAACAUGCUGAUAGAAUUGCCUUUUGGGAUGAUGUCUAUGGCUUCAACAUGUCUUGCAUGAAGAAAGCAGUUAUUCCAGAAGCUGUUGUGGACAUUUUAGAUCCAAAGACGCUUACUUCAGACCCUUGUUGUAUUAAGCAUAUAGAUUGCCAUACAGCAUCUAUCGCAGAUUUGGAGUUUUCUUCAGAUUUUACCUUGAAAAUCACAAAGACAUCUGUGUGCACGGAAUCCUUGAGAGUUGAAAAAAGCACCAUCUUGAUGAAUGAAAAUCGAUAAAUCUGUAAGGGAAUUCUUAGAAAUUAUUUGUCAUAUCAAUAUUAUUAAGUAAUAUUAUUUCAUAUGUUUUGAUUUUACCCUGAAAAUCACAUGAUGUUCACAUAAAUCAAAGUAGAGCCAAUGUAACACUCAAAUAAAAAUGUCUCAAAAAUUGUGUUUAUUUUACUUAUGGAGCCCUGAGCUCUGGCUGCUAACCAAAAGGCUAGCAGUUCAAAUCCACCAGCCAGUCCUUGGAAAUCCUGUGGAACAGUUUUACUCUGUCCUGUAGGGUUGCCAUGAGUCGGGAUCAACUCCACGGCAGUGGGUUUAUUUUAGUUUUGCGUAUUUUUGAGUUUUAUAUAGACAGAGACAGUUGUUGACUUUCAUUGGAAUGGUAUUUAUUUUCUGGUUUAUUUAUCUGGGUUCUUAGUUUCAGACAACAAAACUCAACCAUUUGUCUGAGCUGAAAGGGCUUUAUUAAAAGGAAUAAGUAAGACCAAAGGUACAGACUGUAUUUUCAACUUUCAGAAAUAACUCCUAGAACCACACCUUAGAACUGGCCUGCUACAAAUCUGCCUCUGGGCCACAGGUAGUAGGGCUUAGAGGGUCCACAGUGGUGGAGGCAGCUUUCUAUUACAGCAGAGGCAGAGUGGUAGCCACCACUAACAACCCCAGAGGAACCAAAACCCUUCACUACCACCCUGCUCCAGGUGCCCUGCCCCCCAGCUCAUGUUGGUCAGUUCCUUCUCCCAAAUCUUCAUUCAGCACAUCUGCUUGGCUGGACUGAGGUCAUGUGAAACUCUACUCGUUCCAAAACCAUUUCCGUCAGGUCGAUUCCAACUCAGAACUCUGGCUAUCACCGCAUCUUAGAAAGUAGUUCUAGCUACAGUACUUUUGUGCUACAGAAAGAGUUUUAUAAAACAAAUACAGAAUUGUUUUCUGCUUCUUUUUAUUUGAAAUGGAGUUCAGGAAGUUCUGUGUUAAAGGAAACUAUCCUUUGAUGAUCUUAGUUUUAUGCUGUAUAAGUGUAAAAUGAUAAUGGGAAGGGGAAAAAAUAGUGUUUAAUCCAGAGAACAUAAGCAAGGUGUUGGUAUUGGAUAAUGUAACUAUCAAAUAGGUGCUUGCUGCAUUUGUCAUUGUACGAUCAAAGCAUUCCAUAAGAAAAGUGAUUGGAAAUAAAUUGUUAUAUUAUCUUACAUCUAUAAAGUACCUUUUAGAUUUACAUUUUUAUUCACAACAUGCCUGACUGAUCUUAAUAUAAAUCUGUUUUGGAAUGAGGCCUGCCUGGGCUUUGGGAAGAAGGUGGCAGGAGGUUGGAAUGGACUUGUGUCUGCCUGGAAACUGCUGAAUAACAGUUGUGUAACACACUUCCACAGGAAUCUGUUGUUUCAAACCAUAGUUAUUGGAUGCAUGCCAGGUACUGAAGAUUGUAGUACUUAGUAUUCAAUGUUAACUCUUCCCAGAUUCUUCUGUGGAUAUAAAUUGUCUUCUUGUGAUGCUAAUAUCUAACAGCCAUUGAACAGUUUCAUGUCAGACAAAGUUCUAAUCACUUUACAAGAAUUAUUUAGUCCUCACAAUAACUGUUUGAGGUUGAGUACUAACAUUAAUCUCAUUUUACAGAUGAAGAAAAAUAAAUCACUGUAAUGUUUUACUUGUGAAAUAAAUUAUCUUUACUCUCUCCUGACCCAAAAAACCUCACUGGGAUUGUACAGACUACUAAAAGAACGUAAAGAAAAUCUUAGGAGUAAGGUAUUCUGGAUGUGAAAGAAACCAGGAUGCAUAUUGUAUUUGAAACCCAAAAAAAACCCAAAACCCACUGCCGUCGAGUUGAUUACGACUCAGCGACCUCAUAGGACAGAGUAAAACUGCCCCCAUAGAGUUUCCAAGGAGCGCCUGGCGGAUUCAAACUGCUGACCUCUUGGUUAGCAGCCAUAGCACUUAACACUACACCACCAGGGUUUCUGUAUUUGAAACAGAUCAGAAAAAUCUUAAAAGUGUUGCAUUUGAGCAGAUUUGAAUAUUUUUUCGUCAGCCAGAAAUUUAGCAGUUGUUGGGUAAGAGAAGGAAAGAGAAUAUAUAUCAUCAAAAUGCUGUCUUCUUACACUCAAAACAAGGAAGGUCAGCCUAAUUGGACUGGAUUAAAAGUAAAGAGGUUUCCGAGAUAAAAUGAAAACUUCAAAGGUCAGCGAAGCAGGGGCUGGGGUCUGGGGAACUUGGUUUGAGGGGACUUCUAAGUCAAUGGGCAAAACAAUUCUAUUAUGAAAACACUCUGCAUCCCACUUUGAAUUGUGGCGCCUGGGGUCCUAAAUGCCAACAAGCGGCCAUCUAAAAUACAUUAAUUGGUCUCAACCCACCGGGAGCAAAGGCAAAGGAAAAACACCAAGGUCACACGACAACUAAGAACCCAAGAGACAGAAAGGGCCACUUGAACCAGAGACCUACAUUAUCCUGAGACCAGAAGAAUUAGUUGGUGCCCGGCCACAAUCGAUGUCUGCCCUGUCAGGGAACACAACAGACAACUCCUGAGGGAGCAGGAGACCAAUGGGAUACAGACCCCAAAUUCUCAUUAAAAGACCACACCUAAUGGUAUGAUUGCGACUAGAGGAAUCCCAGAGACAAUGCUCCCCAGAACUUCUGAUGGCACAGGACAGGAACCAACCCCGAAGACAAAUCAUCAGGCAUGAAAAGCACUGGUCAGUGGGGGGGAGAGAGAUACUGAUGAAGAGUGAGCUAAUUAAAUCAGGUGGACACGGGAGAGUGUGUUGGCAACUCUUGACUGGAGGGGGGAUGGGAAGAUAGAGAGAGAGGGAAGAUGGUAAAAUUGGCACGAAAUGAGAGACUGUAAGGGCUGACUCAAUAGGGGGAGAGCAAGUGGGAGAAGGGAGUAAGAUGUAUGUAAACCUACAUGUGACAGACUGAUUGGAAUGGUAAAUGUUCACUUGAAGCUUAAUAAAAAAAAAAAAUAAAAAAAAAAGACCAUACUUAAUGGUCUGACUGAGACUAGAGGAAUCCCGGUGGUCAUGGUCCCCAAACCUUCUGUUGGCCCAGGACAGGAACCAUUCCUGAAGACAACUCAUCAGACAUGAAAGGGACUGGACAAUGGGUAGGAAAGAGAUGCUGAUGAAGAGUGAGCUAUUUGUAUCAGGUGAACACUUGAGACUGUGUUGGCAUCUCCUGUCUGGAGAGGGGAUGGGAGGAUAGAGAGAGUUGGAAGCUGGCAAAAUUGUCACGAAAGGAGAGACUGGAAGGGCUGACUCAGUAGGGGGAGAGCAAGUGGGAGUACAGAGUAAGGUGUAUAUAAACUUAUAUGUGACAGUUUGACCUGAUUUGUAAACGUUCACUUGAAGCUCAAUAAAAGUUAAUAAAAAACAACAACAACAAAAAAAAAACAAAAAAAAUGCUGUCUUCUUAAAGACUGAGAGGCUUGCUUAAGUGGGGAAAUUUAGUCACAUAGCCCAUCCUCUUUUAGCAGCAGAAAAAAAGUAGAUCUUAGAACUUUUUUUCCUUCGCUCUUUCAGAGUAAGCUUAUAGUUGUUUGAUUAAGCAUCUACGUUUCUUGGAAACCUUUCCCUCCCAGCAUGCUUACUCUAAGCCUGCUAUGGUAAGAUUUUUUGCUUCAUGCUUUUAUUGAGUUUUCAUUAUUUGUGAGCCCUGACUACCCACCCAUCUCAACUCCAGCUAUCUUUUGCUCUUUAGAGUUAUGCCAACUUCUACCACUCUUGCCCAAGCAAUUCCUUAUAGUUCCUUAAACCUGAACUCUAAGGCUUCUUUUGAAUAAAUAGAUUAGCCUCCCUGCUUGCUUGGGAAUAAUCCAUUACAAAAGUAUUAAAAAGAGGAUAAGUGCCUAAUGGGAGCUUUCUUCUUUUACAUAAUCAGGAGAGUUACUGAAGAUAAUUGAGGAAAAAAAAGAGCAAUGCUUGGUAAAGGGAUAAAGUACCUUUGUGAAGGAAGAGGUAUGAUUUUUUUAGAUAGAGUGAAAAGUAUCAGGUUUUGUACUGAUAAGUACACACACCUUUAAGCUGUCAAAUAUAGUCAAUACUUCUUCCUCUUAUGAUUGAAUACAUAGCUAAAAAGUAGGAUGGACAGGUUCUCUGAGUGGUUCAGCCAAUAUAUGCAUAAACAUUUAUUUCUUAAUGAGAUUCUAAAUUUGUGACCUAAUUUAAAAAAUUAGAGUAAAUUGGAUUUUUCAGAGUGCGUUUAAUUUCGAUAGCGUGUGUUUUUUGAUGGCUUUCUCAAGGUUGUUAGAGCCGUUAGUGGAAAAACAUCUCUUUUCUGUGCAGUCUCCCUUCCCCACCACACAGAGAGAGAGGGGACAUUUGAUAGUGUUAUUUAUUUAAUGUUUUGCAUUUAUAAACUUUAUAUUUUGGGAAUUUACUGUGAUGUGAUAUUUAUAUGUAAAUGUCUUGAGUCUUGGUUGCCUAUCAUGGUUAAAUGAAAAUUUUCCAAUGAAUACAAUAACACAUAUGUAGCAAUUUUCUGAGCAUUUUUUAAUUUUAUUAUAUAUUAUUGACAGUUUAAGUAAAAUUACCUUUGUUUUGUGAUGGAGUAGGAAGGUUUAUUUAGCAGCUGACAUUCCAUCUAUCACAUCAGCACGCCUAACCUUGUAAUAAAUGAACUAUAAAGUCCAUUAUUUUUGUGGAAAGUUUAUAUGUGUUCAGAGGCAAAAGGUUUAAGGCUAUAAGAUUUAGAAGCAAUAUGGUUUUUCUUGUGAGUUCUAAUUUAUUUUUAAUGUCAUUUGUGAAAUUGCAUAAUGCUCUCUUACCCUGUGUCUAAGCAGCAUUUGUAUUGGCAUCUAUCUAUAAGCUGGAAACCCACAGGUAUAGACUAGCAUCUCUUUCAUAAUCCUAGGUGUACAUUAAAUGUCUUUUAAUAAUGGUUUUUGUAUAACAAAAUGAAUUAUUUGCCCUAAAAAUGAAAAUAAUUUAAGGUGGUUUUAUCACAUUACAUUCUCACAUACAUUAAAAAUAUCUUUGACAUGUAAAGAUUUUUUAUUUGAUAUAUCAUCUUCCCUUAAUCAUUUUUGUAUUUUAAGUUCAGCAUAGUAUUUUUCUUCUAUUCCACUUUUCUAUUAUCAUGCACUGGAAUUAUGGCUGGUACAGCAAUUUUCAGUUUGUACAAACUUUCCUUAAUAUGCUUUUAACCAUCAUUUAAUAAAGAAUGUUAUUUUUCCUAGGUAUCUUCCUUUUAAUUUAAGUCACUAAAGGUAAACUACUGAAUUGAAUCAGAAACAGCACUCUAUUAUGUUUGUACUUACAAAGCUUUUACAAUAAAGUCCUUAUUGUGGAUUUUAUCAGACUGCAUUAAUAUGAGCACACUGACAUUUGAGAAGUAUUCAAUGUUUUCUUAAUCUUAAUUUUUAAAAUCCUUAUAAUAACUCUGAAUACGAAGAAUUUAUAUUAGUGAAAAGAGCCCUGGUGCUGCAGUGGUUAAGUGCUUGGCUGCUAACCAAAAGAUCAGAGAUUAGAACCCAUUGUCUGCUCUGCGGAAGAAAAGUCCUGACAAUCUGCUUUCGUAAAGAUUACAUUCUAGGAAACCCUAUGGUGCUGUUCUACUCUGCCUAUAGGGUCGCUAUGAGUCAAAAUUGAUUCAGUGGCAUGCAACAGCAAACAACAAUAUUGAUGAAUAUUUCAGUUUAUUAAACAAGUAGUAAAUGUUGACUGUGUGCCAGGUCCAACCAGUUGCCAUCCAGUCAAUUAAAACACCACGUGUUUCAGAGUAGAACGGUGCUGCGUAACUUGUCUAUAAUAUAUGUACAAACAUACACAAACAUUCUCUGCCCUAAAAAGGUCACACUUAAAUGAAAGGAGGCAGGUACUAAGGAUAUUUCAGUAUGAAUACAAAGAUAUGAAUAUAGAAAUAUACGCAUGGUGGUCUGGGACUGGGAACACAGGAAAUAGGUAAUUAAAUUUUAUUGCCAAGGUUCCCUGGGGAAGGAAACGUUUUCCCUCUCCAAGAAAAAAAAAAAUGCAUAUGAUAUAUAUAUUAUUUUAAAUAAGGAAGCCUAUUCAGUCUCCAAGGUUGAAAAGAUUGAAGGAAAAGACUAAAAGUACAGUAGCCAUGUAAUAAAUUCACUUUCGGAUAUUUUCUAUUCAUCCAUUUUUUAGUUCACUGAUAUUUUUUUAUCUGUGUUCUUUCUGCUGUUAAGAUAGGCAUUAAAUAUUAUCAUUUCAGGUAUUGUAUUUUUUAGUUCUAGAAUUUCUAAUUGAUUCACUUCUGCAAUUUUAAAUUUUGGUUCAUCUUUUUACCUAAAUUCCUUAACAUAUUUAUAAUCAUUCUUUUAAGAUCUAUUUACUAAUUCCCUUAGCUUUCUAUGAGUCUGCUGCCUUUGUUUUGAUUAUGAGAAGGAGCCCUGUUGGCACAGUGGUUAAGUGCUCAGUUGCUAAGUGAAAGGUCAGCAGUUCAAACCCACCAACCACUCUGCAGGAGAAAGAUGUGACAGUCUGCUUUUGUAAAGAUUAAAAAAAAAAAAUCUUUUGUAAAGAUUACAGCCUUGGAAACCCUAUGGGACAGUUCUUCUCUGUCCUAUAGGGUCACUAUAAGUCAGGAUCAGCUUAAUAGGCAAUAGGUUUAUGGGUCAAGUUUUCCUGUUUCUUCUCAUAUUUCUUAAUUUUGUAUUUUAGCUAGACACUGUAUAAAAGAAUGGUAUAUACUAUAUAGGUGAUAUUUUCCCUAGAAGGGCUUCCACUUUGUCAGGCAGCUAGGGUGAGGGAUUGAUCUUUGUUCCAAUCAGUUGAUCUUGGUCAGGACUAAGUGCCGCUUCCCUUGGUUUAUGUUGCCAUGAACAUUGAUGAGGCCUCUUCCUCCUGCCAAUUUCUUGCAUAGACCACCAAAAAGAAACAAAGCUGAGUUUAUAGUUCACCACAGUAAGGGAGACCACUACCAUGACAAUCUCAGUAUCAUCUCAGAACUAGGAAGACAGAGCCAGGGGUUUGGGGCAUCUGAUUUUCUGUAGGUCUCCCAGUGCAGGAGUGAAAGAUUGGAAGAAAGGGAGAAAAAGUCCUGAUUGGGAUUAGGAUUUAGCGUGGUUCAUGACCUAGUACUUGAGAAUUGGUAGACACACAGUGAGGGGAGUCAUGAAGAAUAUAAAGCCUAGUUGUGCCAUCUGUCCCUGGGAAGAGGGUAUUUAUUUACUUUCAUGAGGGUUAGUUGAGAAGUCUUUUGUUCAGGUAAGUGGAUUUUCUUGAGGUGCCUGAAACAAACAACCUCAUCUUCUAGGACAAGAGUUUCUGGAAUAGCAGUGAAUUGACAUGUUAUUGGUGACAGUGAACUGUGUGGUUGCAGGUGGUUUCAGCUUUGAGAGCUAAGCACUGCAAGAAAACAUCUCUCUGUAACUGGUUUGCAACCCAGCCACCAGCUUCAUCCAUCUUUUUUUUUUUUUAUAAUACCUCUUAAGGGUCACUGUCAAUCAGAAUUGACUCAAUGGCAACAGGAAAAGUAAAAUCAAGGAGAACUGGCGUGCAGAAAGAAGUACCUCUGCCUUUCUGGCUCACCCAGAUUGCAGUGUACAAGGCUAAUCUCCCCCACCCCCUCAAAAAGAAAAAAACAUUUAUGUUGAUUGAUUCCGAUGCAUAGUUAUCCUGUAGGACAGUGUAGAACUGCCCCACAGGAUUUCCAAGGAGCGGCUGGUGGAUUCGAACUGCUGACCUUUUGGUAGCAGCCGAGCGCUUAACCACAGUGCCACCAGGGCUCCAGCUAACCCGUGCCACCACUUAAAAUUGGUUCAUUUCUCCUGGUCUCAGCAGAGUUCCUGUGCCUAUGACAUUUUUGUUACUUUGACUACCCAUGGCCCCAGACUCGGGUAAAUGCUCUCAGGGAUGAAAGCCACUAACUUGUAUCUGCUUAACUAGCAUGGAUUCACCUUUCUUCUGGAAAUAGUUUAUUUAAGCUUCUUUGUAUCCAGGGCUCUUUGAUGGUUUUAAUGAAAAAAUAUGAAUAGUUUAUUAAAAAAAAAAAAAUUUUUUUUGGUUACAUUAGAGUGAGGGUCUUCUGCAUCUGGCUACAUCCUACUAGGAGCAGAAGUCCCUGAAUAAAUUGUUUUUAAAAGCCCAGUCUGGAAAAUAAAUUUGAACCUAUAUAUUCAGAAUUUUUAAAACGUUAGAAAAAGUAAAUUAACCAAAGUUAAUCAGUGAAAUUGCUGGGUCAUAUGGUACUUCUGUGUUUAACUUUUUGAGGAACCGCCAGACUUUUCCACGGUGGCCACACCAUUUUACAGUCCUUCCCAGCAAUGGGUGAAGGUUCCAGUUUUUUCCCAUCCUCAAGGAGAGCAUUUGUUGUUUUUGAUUUUUCUGUUAGCCAUCCUAGUGGGAAUGAAGUGGCAUCUCAUUGUGGUUUUGAUUUGCAUUUCCCUAAUGAUAAUGAUGUUGAGCAUCUUUUCAUGUGCUUGUUGGCUGUUUGUAUUUCUUUUUUGGUAAAAUGUCUAUGCAGGUCUCUUGUCCAUUUUUUGAUUGGGUUGUUUUAUUGUUGUUAAGUUGUAGGAGUUCUUUAUAUAUUCUGGAUAUUAAACCCUUACCAGAUAUAUGGUUUCCAAAUAUCUCCUCCUAUUUUGUAGAUUUUCUCUUUACUUUUUUGAUAAAUUCCUUUGAUGAACAAAAGUUUUUUUUUUUAUUUUAAUGAGGUUCAGUUUAUCUGUUUUGUUGUUCUUGCUUUCAGUGUCACAUCUAAGAAUAUAUUGUCAAAAACUACGCCCCAAACCAUUAUUCUUGUGAUUAGUUCUAAGAGUUUUAUGGUUUCAAUUUUUAAGUUUAGGUUCUUGAUGCACUUUGAGUUAAUUUUCAUAUACAGUGUGAGGUAUGGGUCCAACUUCAUUCUUUUACAUGUGGAAAUCCAGUUGUCCUGUCACCAUUUAUUAGAGAGUAUUAUUCCCCCCAUUGAAUGGACUUGCCUUCCUUGUUGAAAAUCAGUUGACCAUAGAUGUAUGGGUUUAUUUCAGGACUCGCAGUUCUAUUCCACUGGCCCAUAUGUCUAUCAUUAUACCAGUACUGGACUGUUGAUUACUAUAGCUUUAUGGCAUGUUUUGAAAUCAGGAAGUGUGAGUCCCACUUCGUUCUUCUUUUUCAAGAUGACUUUGCAUAUCUGGGGCCCCUUGCAAUUCCAUAUAAAUUUGAGAAUUAACUUUCCCACUUCUGCAAAGAAGGCUGCUGGAAUUUUGAUAGGGCUCACAUUGAGUCUAUAGAUCAUUUUGGGUAGUAUCAAUAUCUUAAGAAUAUAAAGUCUUCCAAUCCAUGAAUAUUUAUUUAAGUCUUUUUUAAUUACUUUCAGCAGUGUUUUAGAGCUUUCAGUGUACAAGUCUUUCACCUCCCUGGUUAAUUUUAUUCCUAGGUAUUUUAUUCUUUUAGAUGAUCUUUUAAAUGGAAUUGUUUCCUCGAUUUCCUUUUCAGAUUACUCAUUGCUGGUGCAUAGAAACCCAACUAAUUUUUCUGUGCUGACUUUAUACCCUGCCAUUUUGCUAAUUUUUUAUUAGCUCUAAUAACUUUUUUGUGGAUUUUGGAGGGUUUUCUAACUCUAGGAUCAUGUUGUCAGUGAAAAAGGAUAGCUUUACUUCGGUUUGGUUCUGGUUCCCAAUUUGGAUAACAUGUACUUCUUUUUCUUGCCUAAUUAAGUCUCAUUAAGACUUUCCAGCACAAUAUUGAAUAGCAGUGGUAAGAGCCAGUGUCUUUGUCUUGUUCCUGAUCUUCAGGGGAAGGCUCUCAGUCUUUCUCCAUUGAGUAUGAUGUAAGCCACGGGUUUUUCAUAGGUGCCCUUUAUCAGAUUGAGGAAUUCCCUUUCUGUUCCUAGCUUGUUGAGUGUUUUUAACAUGGAAGGAAAGGUACAGAAUUUCAUCAAAUGCCUUUUCUGCAGUGAUUGAAAUGAUCAUGUAGUUCUUUUCGUUUGCUCUUACCAUAUGAUGCAACAGUUUCACUCCUAGGUAUAUACGCAAAAGACUGCAAGGAUGCAGAUAUUUUUACACCAGUGUUCUUUGCAGCACUAGUCACAGUAGCCAAAAAGUGGACACAACCCAAGUGUCUAUCACCAGAUGAAUGAAAUAAAUGCUACAAUAUGUAUGAACCUUGAAAACAUAACUGAGUGAAGUUAGUCAAACACAUAAAGGACAAAUAUUGUACAAUCUCACUUGUGAUAUGUCUAGGAUAGGCAAAUGCAUAGAGACCAAAGUUUACUGGUGAUUACCAGGGCCAAGUGGCACAGUUAUUGCUUAAGAGUCCCUGAGAUGCUGUUAAGGGUGAUGAAAAAGCUUGGAAACAGUGGUGAUGGUUGUACAACAUGGGGAACAUAAUUAAUGUCACUCAAUUGUAUGCAUAAAAACGGUUGAAAUGGCAAAUGUUUUGUUAUAUAUAUAUUACCAGUUUUUUUUAAGUUAAUCAGUGAGCUAAAAAUAAAUUGCAUAUUACUUUUCAAUUCACAGUUUGACUUCUUUUUUUAAAAAUAAUAUACUUGAUAAAUGGUUGAAAAAGGUUUAAGACACAUUGGUAAUUUCAGCUUUGGAUUCAGUAAAAAAACGAGUCUUUGGGUUAUUCCCGGUUUUUUAAGGCUAAUUAAUGCAAAUGCUGUUGAAAGAAACUAAAUGUUUACAGUGCAAACUUUACUAGUCCUCUAUCAUAGUACUCUUUGUUUUCUUUUUACUUUUUAAUUAAGCUUUAAAUUUUUCUAAUAGUUUAAGAAAGAGACAUCAAGAUGAGCCAUUUCUUUGCAAUUGGGUUCUUUAAACCUUUUUUGAAGGCUUUUGAAAAAAUCUCUUGACAGUAGAAACCUGCUAAUUCCAAACUCAUUCCAGGGUAUUAAAUCAGUUCUUACUACUUCAGGAUGUAAAUUGACCUAAUUUUGACCUUGCAAAGCUAAUCAGCUAAAGAAACUAAUUAUUAAAACACAUCUGUGCAGCUUAGAAAUAGUAAGAUUUGUUUUGAACUUGCAUCAUAGAUUUUAGUGGGACAUCUGGUAUAUAUUUUAAUAGGCAUCAUUAAGUGAAUUUUAUGUCUUGUGGGGAGAGCAUCUCUAAUUCUGUGAUUCUACCUCUACAGUCAGUUUUAGAUUUCUCUUUGUGUGAAUGACCAUAUGAUCUAGAGCAUGGUCCUGAACUUCCUACUCUUCCCUGAAACUCGAACCUUUGGAGUUGGGCUAAAAUGGUGGAAAAACACUUAAAUCUCUUUAUUUUCAGGAAAUGUUUUUUGAGUAGCAUUAUGUGCAAAGAGCUUUGAGGCAUUGAGAAAAUAGUAGUAAGCCGAGAGAGUUCUUCUACUCAUAUGAUACUAAUGGGGGAGACAGAUAUUAAAAUUCACACUAUGGAUAUUAGAUAACACCAAAGAAUUGUUAAGAAUAAUUGUAGGCAAUGUAGUUAUAUAAGAAAAUGUGCGUUUCUUUAGGCUUUUUAAAAUAUGGAUGUCUUCAGCCCAUUCUUUAUAUGUAGUUGCCCUCCCAUCUAUUUUCAUACUCUCUGCUUGGAAACAUACUAUGAAGAAAAAUUUAGUUUUUAAAAAGACAGAUGUUUCCCACCUCAUAUUAACUUUGGGGUAUAUGUUCAUUGAGUAGAGUAAUGGAAGGAAUCAUCUGCAAUAUUUAAAUCAUUAUUUAAACCUAGUCAAGGAGAAUGUAAAAUCUAUAAAAUAAGGAACCCUGAAGUUGAGUAAAAUAAUUUGUCCAUAGAGUCAGUAGAGAUUCAUGCUCCUGAUGUUCUUUUAAAGGCCAUGCUGUAAAUAAUGACUCUAAAGCUACAUUUUUUUAAAUUCAUUAACACUGAUUCUAAAGCCUCCUAUUGAGUUGUAAAAGAAUUUGAACAUGAAAUUGUUCUAAAAUAGAAUUUGGAAUGUUGAAAUU